AUGAAAGCUUUUCUCUUAGUAUGCCUGAUCGCCACAUCAAUGAUGGUUAAUGCAAUUGAGAUGCCCCAAGAGAAAGCCGUAAAUGCCAAAUCAGAUUCACCUAGUUUCCUCUAAGUCGAAUAAGCUUGUGCAGUCUGUUGCAAUGGCACAUGCUGCCUUAGCACUGCUAAUUGUAACAGAGGAAAGUGCAAUAAUAUAGUCAUACCUUAUACCUGUGUUUAAGGAUGA